ACAUGCAUACAUACAUACAUACAUCUUGCUCCUCAUUCCUAUCAACUGCCGCUGCCAUGAUCUGAAGGAAGUACACCGUAACCUCAAAUUGAGUUCUCGCCUUGUCCGAGGUAACCAUCUGAACAGUCGAUAGGACCACUGCCUUGCCCUCGUCGACAUCGAGUGCCUUGCUCGCAUCAUCAUCAUCACCACGCAGCCCGUCUUCUAGCCGAAGCGCUGCAGGCCGCAGACCUCCCGCAGGUCUGCGAUCCGCAUCCGCACCCGCCCUACCAAUAUUACUUAUAAUGCCUCCGAUGACGCCCACCACGAGUAUUGAUACUUCGGUGUCAAGCUCUUCCAACACGCGGGCUGUCCACAGCCCUCGACAUGACCGAUCACGCACCCAGAGUAUAUCCAGCGACCGGCCAUCUACCAUUGCUCACAGCUUAAUGUCGCUUCCGCUCGCUGUAUCGCCCGAGGCAGCUUUCAUAGCUGCAUCUGCUGCCUCACAAAUCGUCACCAAUGAUCACGAUGGCCACUCGGAAACAUGGUAUGACCAGGCAGGAAUCGAACCAUCAGGCGAGACGGCACUGGUCACGGGUGGCGCUCUGCUACUUGCCAACAACUUCAUCGAUCAGCUCUUAUUCAACAUCAUCGCCGUCGCGCGAUCCACGAAGCUCUCGGCGCUCCGCCCGGCAGUCAGCGAAGUCCUGAAGCCCCACCUUGCCAAAGAUGCGAUCAACCAGGCGGACGAAGAGCUGAAAGAAUACCUCGGAGGCGGCGAGCUAGACGAGCUAGCCCAGUCACCGACCGAUGACCCCGACGAUUGGGACUUGGAACUGGUAUGGAAGAGAACACGACUGCGAUGCAUGGUGUACUCAUCUUUGGGCGACAUGGAAGAGGAGGACGAAGACUACUUCAUUGAACAGGAGCACCUCAACGGAGACCUCGACGAUCUGUCAACCGGCUCUGUCUCUCCCGCGGUGGCCAUCUUUCUGACUUCCAUCCUCGAAUACAUGGGCGAACAGGUGCUGGUUAUUGCCGGCCAGGCUGCAUUUGCUCGCUUGCGCAUUCGAUACGAGAAAGAGCUGAAGGAUGGUACGCGCUCGGCCGGGGACAUCUCUGAACGAAUCGUGGUGGAAGAACUCGACAUGGAGCGUGUCGCAUUGGACAGGACUCUCGGCAGGUUGUGGCGCUCUUGGAAGAAGAGGAUACGAUCCCCUACCGAACCUAAUUUCGUCAGGCCCUUCCCGCGAAGCGCCGGCCACAGCAGACACGGCAGCGCCGUUACCGAAGCCCUGCACACACUUUCAUCUCCCCGCGAAGAAUCUGCCGUGAAGGAGGCCGAAGGGGCGAACGAAGAACUCGAGUCCGAAUUAAACCCAUCCGAUCUACCCCUACCCAUGAGCAAUAACGACGUCGCAGAGAUAGAGGUACCCGGUCUCGUAUCAUACAGCGACGACGAGGAGAACGACGGCCAGGUCGAGGACGAGGCCACAGCCCAGAGACCGAGACCGAAGAGUUUGAUGGUAUUCUCAUCGCUUCCCCAAGAAGCGCCUCUUCCCCCUUCGCCGCGCUUGUCCCAGCCACACACUCCGAUCUACGCAACGCGGAGGCGCGCGAGCUCUCUGCCAACUCCCGCUGGCUCCCCAUAUACCUCGCCCAUCCCCACCAAGGGCGACCAACUCAAUCAAGAGCAACAUACAGGAGAGGAAACCGUGGCUGGAAUGCCAAGUGUUGUCAUCAGUAAGACGGGUGAGGCUCCAGAAGCGACCACCGACAGAAAGGUCAAUGAAGAUGGUGUCUCGCCACUGGACACCGACGCCAGCGAUUACAUCGAUGGCAAGACUCCAGAAGAUACAAGUCCCAUCUCGAUGAUUGUAUCCGGUGCAGCAGCCCUCGGCGCAGCGGCCGUGGCGGGCGUAACGGCUAUGGCACAGGGAGCGGCUCCCCAGACCAUCCCGACGCCGAUGGAAGAUGAUGAGAUCGACGAGUUCACCGAGGAGCCAGAGAUCAUGACGUCGUCCAGAGUAUCAUAUGGUGGUCGGAGCUCGCCCUCAGCUUCCGAGUCUGGCAUCGACCGUCCCACUCGCCCUCCUUCAAUGAUACUUGUUAGGUCCAACAGUGUACGUUCCGUCCGCGUGAUUGACGUCCAAGGACCUCGAACGCCAAGUAUCAAGUCGAGGAAUGGAUCUAUCGACGUUCCGGACAUGCCUACUCGACCUGUUUCCAUGUCCCGUGAGGGUAGCGUAUCUACACCUCCGAUCGUCGAGGAGGGCUUCGCUGCCCCUGACGCGCUAUCCAUCAAAGCGACCAAGAGAAAUGCCGCUAUCGUCCCACCAUCAGAAGAACGCCGUGACUUCAGGUCAUCCCGCGACGCCUCUCCCUCUGGCGUAGUUGCUCCUAUGCCCUCCGCACCCACAUCUACUCCAUCCCAGAACCUGAGACAAGCCCCGACCUCGGUACCGGCAGCCAACGAUACAAAGGUGACCGUUCUCAACUCAGCCCCUGGAGGCAGGUCUUUCCUCGACCUUGACACUAAACCCGAGGUACCACAAAAGGCGCCCAUGCAACAAUCAUACCAGCAAUCAUACCACCAGCCGCAGCGGUAUCCGUCGCCGUUACCUACAGUCCCAGAGAAGAGCUCCGCACGGAAACCUUCAAUCGACCGCACGCAACCAGCUACUACGCGCGGCUCUCCUGAGUCGCCCACUCUUGCGCGCCCCAAGCUUAGUGACUCCCCUUCUUCAUCGACCUCGAACAAGUAUAAACCCAUGCGAAAUUCCGAGGACGGUGGUUCUCAGCGCCCUCAAGAUGUAGCCAAAAACUUCGAAGAGCUGCUGCAGAACAACCAAACAAUUCAGUACACUCUCACGCCCGAGAAUAUGCGCAAUAUCGAUGCCCCCAACCGCUCCGGCAGCCCGAUCGUCCAGCAUAAAUCUCGCAGGAGUGAAGAUGUCAAGCAAGCCGAUCGGUCUAGGUCCUCUUCUCUCAAGCGGUCUCUGUCUGUCACCAAAUCGGCCGGCCUGAACUCACACCCCCCAGACCAAGGCAACAAGUCGAACGGCAAGCUGGCGGGCCCUGUACCUCGAGCCCCCCCUGUCUCCAUGGCAAACUACCACGCCCGUGCGGCUGGAUCUGGUCAGCCUAGAGAUGCGCGCAUUCCCCGUGAAUCGGUAUCUGACUUUGCAGAUUUCAUCCGCUCGACGGGCCCCGCAGGCGGGAAUGUCUCAAAUGCUCGAGCGACUCCUGUCGGUGGUGCGAUGCAGCACGCCCGAAAUGCCAGCGGAUCAGUCAGCCAAACUUCCAGCACGGAUACCACCCGUCCUCGACAGGGCUCUCUCAACCGCAUUCGUCUGCAAGCACGAGAUGCUGCGGUGAGCACUUCCAAUGAAAGUUCGGAUCUGAUUGAUUUCAUCCGACGGGGCCCUCCAACCACUGGCAGCAAUCCCCGCAUCCCGCGAAAUGUCGCUCCCUUCCGCAACACGAUGGACUCUGACCAAAUGCAAAUGUCUGGAGCUGGCGGAGGAAAAGCAAUUGACGCCACUAUCCCCGAGGUCAGGCACAGCCGCGCUUCAACUACUGUGACGGAGACUUCGCUUCCCUCGUCCAUCAACUCGCAAAGCGCUCUGUUAAGCCAGGCCAAGAAGCCAACCAACCACACAAACAAAUUUGACGAGGACGACAUGAUGCCGAAGCGAAAACAACGCAGAGUUCGCGAUCCAUACGCCAUUGAUUCUAGCGACGAGGAGGAAGGAGAGGAUGAUGAUGAUUUUGACAUAACUCCCCAGCCCAAGCCCAAACCCAAGAAGGAGGAGAGCUUGAUCGACUUCUUAAACAAUUAUGCGCCUCCCAGCAACGCGGCUCCACCGCAACCGUUUAUCACCGCUCAGGCACCACAGCCGGCACCGAAGAAGAAGGCCAGCGCACCAAGUCUGAUGUCCCGUUUCAGGUCAGCAGGCUCAGGUUCGUCAUCGGCGACGAAGAACAACGGGCCCAGCGCGACCAACCCACGAUCAGUUAGCAGCCAGAUGGGUAGUGCUAGAGGACAUGUUCCUAUCAGUGCCCAUAUGCCCAACUCGGUUGCCGCUUUCAGUAAUCAGCCGCAACCGUCGGCAAAUCGCGCGGUCAGCAGCUCGUCUGGGAGCCGAGUUUUGAUGAAGAAAUACGAACCUAGGGACGCCACAUCUUCCGGUAUGGGUAGAACAUCCGACCUUGCCAGCUUCCUCCGAGACUCUGAACCCCCACCGUCAGCCAUUGCGGCGCCUGUGGCGCAACCCGAACCUAGACUCAGCAGUGGGAUUUCGUCUGUUUUUGGACGCCGCAAGAAGUCCAUUGCGUACUAAUUUCUCAACAACUUUACUUCGUGUAUAAACAUUCUUCUACUUCUGGACAUUGGACACCUCAUUUUACGGCUGCAACAAAACGACGAACCUCACUGCAGGGAGCGCGUUGCCGGAUACGUCCGCUGCCUUACAGACCAACAAAAGAGCUCGACGCGUACACUUUUAACAUGCCAAGCACACAAUGAUGUUGCUUUUAACAUCAAUGUUCUUCCUUUGUAUUUCUGGACACAUUUGAUCAAUUGAUACCACAAUGAUAUUUUUAUCCGCCUGCUGAGUUUUGGGGAUCCGCCCACUUAUACAAAAACGUGUUGAGUACGAGGUGUAGAAUGAAGUGGAUCUUCCUGUUUGAUUACAGCAGAGGUUCGGUUGGUGCAUCUCGCACGGGAAAGAAAGAUAGAGUCUAUGAUAAUUACGGCUGAAAUGAAAAUAUCUGUACCACAA